UCCCCAUAGAAAUAACUCUUGUAAACCACUCCGCUUUAAUUCUGCAAUCAAAAACCUACAACGUAUCGAGAAGAAAAUCCCUCCACAAAAUUCAAACUUCAUACACAUCUCUGCAGUAUGCGGCAUACCACAACAGCAAACUCUCACAUAUAAUCAGUGAAGAAAUAACCAGACUUUAAUCCCUCGCGUGUAUAAUCAGUCCCAAGACAAAUAUAUCAAAUAUGCCAUUAAUGAUGAACACACAGGAACAUUCAUUACAGCAACUAGGAAUUUUAUGAAAACCUCUUGAGGUUUCAAUAAGAUGGCGGCGCAGAUUUUGAAGUUAUCGCCCCUGUUGAAGAAUUGCAGAAAGAAAAAUGGUUUUCUUCAUUCAAUUCUGAGAUGGAAUUGUAGUAGGCGUUUUGCUUCAAGUUCAAGUACCGAAGAGGCUGCAGAAACCAUCUCGAAAGGCUUUCAUAAUGAAGUGAAGUCCGUCCUCAGGACGACCGAGGUGUCCGGACUUUAUGGACUUGAUGCACUCAAGUCUGCCAAGGGUUUUCAGACAUUUGUUCAGGAUGCCAUAGAGAGAUCAGAGGAAUUGAUAGCUCGCAUCAAAGAUCUGCCCCCAUCCGCAGAAACAAUUCAUGCUAUGGAUGAGAUCUCAGAUACGAUAUGCACAGUUGUAGAUUCUGCAGAACUCUGCAGAAACACACAUCCUGACAAGGACUAUGUGGAAGAGGCAAAUAAGGCAUCUAUGAAGUUAUAUGAAUACUUGCAUUACCUAAACACAAACCAUAUGCUAUACAACGCGGUGGUCAAAUCAGAACAGCAAGGUUGUUUAAAGACAGAGGAGGCACAGCGAGCAGCAAAAACUCUACGUAUUGACUUUGAGAAGGGUGGCAUACAUCUCUGUAAAAAGAAGCUGGAACGAGUAAACGAGCUUAACCUUACAAUAACACAGCUAGGAAGGGAGUUUGGAGAAAAUAUUCUUAGAGAUCCUGGCCAAGUGGAUGUAUAUCCCGCUUCACGGAUUCCUAAAUGCUUACACAAUCAACUUGAGCGCAUACAACGCAGGAUUUCAUCAGAUGCAAGAAAGGGAUUUACUGAAUCAGGAUUCCGAAUUGUUACGGAACCUGGAAUUCUUUCAUCUGUUUUAAAAUGGACACCAGACACUGAUAUCAGGAAACAAGCAUAUAUCACAGGUCAUACCGUCCCCAAAGCCAAUUUAAAUGUUUUGGACAAGCUUAUUGCUGCUCGUCAUGAUCUUGCACAGAUUUUGGGGUAUAAAACUUAUGCUGAAUUUGCGCUUACCUCAACCAUGGCUUCAUCACCAGAUGUUGUAAUAUCAUUUUUGCACAACAUGAGCAAUAUGGUGAAAAAGAAAGCAGAUGAGGAGCUUCAUUCAAUCACUGAAUUUAAGAAACAAGUCUCCAAUAAAGUUGAUGAAAGUGUUGAACCCUGGGAUGAAGCCUAUUACACAGGCAUGAUGAAAUCUUCUGCCUGCAAUUUGGAAUCUGCUGUAAUUGCAUCAUAUUUUCCCCUGUCUCAGUGCUUAGAAGGUCUCAACAUAGUUGUAAGAUCUUUGUUUGGUGCAUCAUUUGAUCGUGUGCCCAUGGCUCCUGGAGAAUCUUGGCAUCCUGAUGUGCAGAAAUUGAUCCUCCAUCAUCCAAUAGAGGGGGAUCUGGGAUGCAUGUAUCUGGAUUUGUAUGUUCGCAAAGGCAAGUAUCCAGGGUGUGCACAUUUUGCAAUCAAAGGCGGGAGACGUUUGUCUGAAACAGAGUAUCAACUCCCUGUAGUUGCAUUGGUUUGCAAUUUCCCUCCUCCAGCAAGUUCGUCUCAGGCAAUGCUAAAUCAUUGGGAAUUAGAAACUCUAUUUCAUGAAUUCGGCCAUGCUAUACACUCUCUUCUUUCACGCACGGAUUACCAACAUUUUUCAGGGACAAGAACUGUUAUUGACUUUGCAGAGACACCUGCAAAUCUCUUUGAGUACUUUGCUUGGGACUACAGGGUGCUAAAACAAUUUGCAAAACAUUAUUCAACAGGGGAUACAAUACCAGAGGAACUAGUUUUAUCUAUGAACAAAGCAAGAAAAAUGUUUGCAGCAACAGAUCUACAGCGUCAGAUUUUCUUUUCGAUGAUUGAUCAAACUCUUUUUGGCGAGCAACCUUUACAUGGAAGAGACACAAUGUCCAUAGUUGCAGAUUUGAAGGAGAAGUACACUAGUUGGAAACAUGUUGAAGGGACACAUUGGCACACACGAUUCAACCAUCUUGUUAAUUAUGGUGCUGGUUACUAUAGCUACCUGUAUGCAAAAUGCUUUGCUGCGAGUUUGUGGCAGAAAGUAUUUCUUGAAGAUCCCCUUUCUCUGGAAACAGGUUCAGUUCUCAGAAAUGAUAUUAUAAAAUAUGGUGGUGCCAAGGACCCCUCCAUUCUAUUGAGGGACUGUUUGGGAGAGAGAGUUCUAAAAUCUUGCCCUAGUGGUGGUAUAAUGCCUAAUAAAGAUGAUCUCCUUCAGGAGUUAAAUCUCUGACAUAAUUUGAUGCCAUUUUCAGAAAUAGCUUAGCUGAAAUAAAUGCCAAAUGCUAAGCUCUCUCGAUUUGAUGGUGUUCACAUAGUCAGGUGUUGUGACAUCAAGUAAUUGAAGGGAGCAUAUAGAUUGAUGGCGAUGUAGGAAGCGCGUGGGCAUCUUAACUUUGCCAUGCAGGUAAACCAGGGACCUGGACAAGUGUUCUGCAUUAUUGCAUAAGCUGCUAAAAGAGUAACACUUACAAAAGAAAAGAUUUUAAAAUUGACCUGCAGCUAACAGUUUCUCUAGGUUUCUUUGCUGUCAUGGCAAUACAAGGGUCAGAGCGCAAAAUGAGACAUAUUCUUUACCUGGAAAUUGAAUUAUUACAUCCUCGCGUAGUUUGUAAAAUAUGGAAACACACUGAAUUUUUGUUAAAAGUGUAUCACAUAGUCAAGAAAAUUACGGCUUUUAAAUUGUUACAAGAUCCACUGAAAUUUUCAGGACCAAGGAGUAAUCAUAUUCGAGAACAUAAUGAUUAUGUUCAACUAAGUUGAUUCUUUGAAAGCCCGAGAUUGAAUUCUAACAGAUAGCUUAUACAGUGAGAAAACUGCAAGGCUAUUCUCAGUUCAGUAUAUAAUUGAAGCAACUUUGUUAUUCAAAAAUCAUGUUUCCACGGAAAUUUUGUUUCGGCCUUAAAAUGCUGGCAUGGAUUGUGGAGGGAAAAAUCUGUUUUUUUGAACAAAUGACAUCACAUUUGUAUUGUAGAGGAAUCAUGUUGGUAUAGACACAGCAAUUGAGACAUAAAUAUACGAAGCAACCUUUUUUUUGUAAU